CUUUUCUGCUCUGCGCUUCCUGGCCAGACAUGGCCUCUCUCUUGGAUCUAGAGAGCAUGGACGGUGAAGCUACGGCGCCGAUUUGCACUAGUCGUUUCGUUUUCGGAUGUGAGCUGAACAGCAGUGCGCGUUCCUAUACUUUUAAAGUCUCGGAAGAAGAUGAUUCAGAACAUUUCCUAGUUCUGAAUAUGGCUUGUCUGUCCGAGGGUGCCAAAGAUGAAUGCAACAUUGUGGAGGUGGUGGGUCGUGAUUAUCAGAACAAGGAGGUUACUGUGCCUGUGGCCAACCUGAAGCUGUCGUGCCAACCCUGGUUGUGUUUAAAUAAUUUUGAGUUCCAGCCUCCCGUGACCUUCCGUCUGCGCUCAGGAUCUGGCCCUGUUCAUCUUGCAGGACAACAUCAAAUCUUUCACAGAAAAGAUCUCUCAGAUGAUGACUUCAGUGAUGAGGAAGAGGAAUCUGUUGACCAGGAGGAAGAGCUUUCUCCAAUCAAGCCAGCCAAGAAAAAACAAAAAUCAUAGCUGAGCUUCUCUGUAGGUACCUGUUCAAUUGCCUGAGAAUGCUCAUCCUGAGUGGAAUAUUAGUACAGUUCUUCUUGUUUUCAUUCAUUAAGCUUGUAAUGUUAUUGUAGGUUACCAUGGGCCGUUCUCCAUUCACAGCGUUGGUACUGACUUCCUGAAAUCAGCCUUUUCAUUUAAAGGCUCUGAACAGGAAAUGUUCUACAGCAAUGUCUCGUUUAGCUCUUUAACCCCAUCUCUGGUUUUAUAUUCUAAAUAGCGUGGUAUAGUGUAGAACAGAACUCGCUGUUACAGAUGGACAAGGAAAGUAGCCAUCUGCAACACUGUGGUAGGGACCAUCCAGUGUGCAGCUUUCCUUGUCCUGGUAGUGUUAACAGACACAUGUGCUGAUCUUGGCAGCAGUUUAAUGAAGUUGGUCUGGGAUCUCUGCUCCUCUCCAAGGUGUGAGGAGCGCUAGAACCAUCUAGGUGUGGUUAGCUGUGGGGCUAAAAAAUAGGUGUCCGGAUCCUAGUUGUGUUUGCUGUCGUGAUUGAGAUUCUUAUUUUAUUGAGAUGCAACUGGAGCUGAAUUAAAUAGCUCGCUGAAUCUGGUGGCUGUUAGAACCAACAGGUGUUUCUUAUUCUGUGGGGGGAAAAAUCUGAGGAGUUGUUGGAGAACUGCAAGGGUGUAACUCACUCCUGAAAAAAAAAAUCAAUACCGUGAUGCUUUUUAAUAAGAAUUUCUUUAUACUAAGAAAAGUAUCCAAUUGUUAGCCCUUUGCUCAUGAUAUUUAUUUUUU